AUGGACUUACAAAGCAGAUCCUGGAUGUCAGGAGCCGGGGACUGCCAGCUACUCACCAAUCAUGGUAUCGAGGCGAUUCUUGAUCUCCCCGGCGUUGGCGAGAACCUGCAGGACCACCUCGACUGUGGCGUUGCAUAUGAAGCUGUUGACGACUUGGAAACUCCGGACAAUAUGGUGACACAAGAGCCCGAGGCCGAUGCCAGGCAGGCCAUGCAGGAGUAUGCAACAAGCCGUUCAGGACCCCUGACAAGCGUCGGCAUCGAAAACUAUGCCUAUCUUGUCAUAUUGGACAGAGUGUCCGCGGAAAGCCUUGGCUACAAGAGACUCGGCAAGCUUCUCGACGACACCGCACUCGCCGCGUCGGAUAUCCGGGCUACAGCACUCCACUCAGUCGUUCAAAAAGCUCUGCUGGAUCCCAAAGAACCAUCGGCGGUGCACAUGACGAUGAGAAGCCAGAACCCCCAUCCCGUCGACCUGGAGUGGUCCCCAGGCUCCCCAACCGGCCCAGUACCGGGCAAGUUCGUCACCCUCGCCACCGUGCUCUCUCAGCCGCUGUCGCUGGGCACCACGCACAUCCAGAGCAGCAACCCCGCAGACGAACUGCUCGUUGACCCGGCCUACCUCUCGCACCCCGUCGACGCCGAAAUAUUCGGCGCGCACAUGCUGCAGGUCGAGCAGAUCGCGGCAUCCGAGCCCCUCUCGAGUGCAUUCUUGAAGCAGCCGCUGAGGCGUCGCGACCCGGCGUCGAACUUCGGGGGUGAUUUGCGCGCGGCGGAGCGGUUCGCGCGCACGUCGAGAAUGUCGAUGUGGCACCCCGUGGGGACAUGCGCGAUGCUUCCGCUGGAGCGGAGGGGCGUCGUGGAUGGUGAGUUGAGGGUGCACGGCGUCGAGGGCCUGCGCGUCGUGGAUGCGAGUAUCAUGCCGCUGAUAUGUAAUGCGAACUUGCAGGCCAUAGUCUACGGCGUGGCAGAGCGUGCUGCGGAGCUGAUAAAGGAGACUUGGGGAGCAUGA